AGAGUUUGGAUCCAACACAAGGAACAGGGACAAGUCUCAAGGGGGUGCAAAGAUGGAUUUCUCCAAACUGCCCAAACUCAUAGAUGAGGAGAAGGAGAGCAUGCUGGGAUUUGUUCAUGGAGUGUCUGGUCCAGUGGUCAUAGCCUCGCAGAUGGCCGGAGCUGCCAUGUAUGAGUUGGUACGUGUGGGCCACGCAGAACUUGUGGGAGAGAUUAUCCGAUUGGAGGGAGAUCUGGCCACCAUUCAGGUCUAUGAGGAAACCUCGGGAGUGUCUGUAGGUGACCCGGUGCUGAGGACAGGGAAGCCUCUCUCUGUUGAACUUGGUCCUGGGAUAAUGGGGAACAUCUUUGAUGGGAUUCAGCGCCCCCUGAAAGACAUCGCAGACUUGACAAAAAGCAUUUACAUUCCAAGGGGCAUUAAUGUCACUGCAUUGUCACGGGACUUAAAGUGGGAGUUUCUUCCAGACAAAAACAUUCGGGCUGGAAGCCAUGUAACUGGUGGUGACAUCUAUGGAACUGUGAUGGAAAAUUCUCUCAUCAAACAUAAAAUCAUGUUGCCCCCUCGCAGCUGUGGGACAGUCACGUACAUCGCCCCUCCAGGGAACUACGACAUCUCGGAUGUAGUGAUGGAAUUAGAUUUUGAGGGAGUAAAGGAAAAACUCACCAUGGUCCAAGUUUGGCCAGUUCGUCAGAUUCGACCUUCAGCGGAGAAGCUUCCAGCCAACUACCCACUUUUAACUGGCCAGAGAGUAUUGGAUGCCCUUUUCCCGUGUGUCCAAGGAGGCACCACAGCUAUUCCUGGGGCCUUUGGCUGUGGGAAGACCGUUAUCUCUCAGGCUUUAUCCAAAUUCUCCAACAGUGAUAUCAUUGUAUAUGUUGGCUGUGGGGAGCGAGGAAAUGAAAUGUCUGAGGUUUUGAGAGACUUCCCAGAGCUUACCAUGGAAGUUGGUGGGAAGACUGAGACCAUUAUGAAGAGAACCACAUUGGUUGCCAAUACAUCUAACAUGCCUGUUGCUGCAAGAGAAGCCUCAAUAUAUACAGGGAUCACUCUGUCUGAAUAUUUCCGAGAUAUGGGAUACAACGUCAGUAUGAUGGCCGAUUCCACCUCUAGAUGGGCCGAAGCCUUAAGAGAAAUUUCUGGACGCCUGGCUGAAAUGCCUGCUGACAGUGGAUACCCUGCGUAUCUUGGUGCCAGAUUGGCCUCCUUUUAUGAACGAGCCGGCCGUGUCAGAUGCCUUGGAAGUCCUCAUAGAGAAGGCAGUGUCAGCAUUGUUGGAGCUGUGUCGCCCCCUGGAGGGGAUUUCUCAGAUCCAGUAACUUCAGCCACUUUGGGAAUUGUACAGGUCUUUUGGGGCUUGGAUAAGAAACUGGCACAAAGAAAACAUUUCCCCUCCGUCAACUGGCUCAUCAGUUACAGCAAAUACAUGAGGGCCUUGGAUGAAUAUUAUGAGAGGCACUUCCCCGAUCUGGUCCCACUCAGAACAAAAGCCAAAGAAAUUCUGCAAGAAGAGGAAGAUUUGGCUGAAAUUGUUCAGUUGGUUGGAAAGGGAUCCCUCGCUGAAGCAGAUAAGAUCACCCUGGAGGUUGCCAAAUUAAUAAAGGACGACUUUCUCCAGCAGAACGGAUACUCGGCCUACGACAGAUUCUGUCCCUUCUACAAGACAGUGGGGAUGAUGCAGAACAUGAUUGCCUUCUAUGAUAUGGCUCGGCAUGCGGUGGAGGCCACGGCUCAGGCAGAGAACAAGAUCACCUGGGCCAUAAUCCGGGAGCACCUGGGGGACAUUCUCUACAAACUCAGCUCCAUGAAGUUUAAGGACCCAGUUAAAGAUGGAGAAGCAAAGAUCAAAGCUGACUAUGCGCAACUCUAUGAGGAGAUGCAGAACGCAUUCCGUAGCCUAGAGGACUGAGGACAAUAUGGAACCACCUUCAGAACAGGACCUCUGGGUUCCACUGAAGAACAAGGCCAAGCAAUGGAGAAUAAAGAGACAUUUGUGUUGGAGAAAUAAGUGACAAGAAAUCUAAUAUGAUAGACGUUGCCUCAAGCCUUUUCAUUAGAUCAGGAAUAGAAGUUUCUUGUGCUUUGGAGCCAGAAAUACCUGAGAUCCAUGUUCCAGAGGAUUAUUCCCCUUCUCUCCCUUAUGUGACGUCCGUGUUCUGUUGGGCAUAUGGCAGCAGCCAACACAUUGCCAUUGGCACAGAUGCCUCUCUAGAUGUCAAUUAUUCUCCCAAAUUGCUGCGUCUCUUCCUGUUUCUCUUUUAUUCUCCUUCCUGUUGGCUGAAUAGGGAAACUCCCCUUUAAUAUUAACUUACCAAUUAGUUUAUUUUUCUCUUUUACAAAUAAAUUAAAUUUUUUUGUUCUGCGACUCUUGA